UUCUAAAAAAAAUCGAAAAUUUGACAUAUAUAUCCAAAAAAGUUUGCGGCGACCCAGCGCAGCGAGGUGAGAGGGCCCUCCGUCGUGUAGAAGAAUCGAAGUGAAAAUGGAGGGCGGCGGCGGUUUUCGUGUGUUGCUGGGGAUGUUACUUGUCCAGGCUGUCGCCGCAGGUUUGCAACUUCUGUCUAAGGUUAUCCUCGGACAGGGAACCUUCGUCUACGCUCUCAUGACUUAUCGCCACAUCGUCGCUACUCUCUGUGUCGCCCCCUUCGCUUUCUUCUGGGAAAGGGAGAGCCUGAAGAAAUUGAGCUUGUCUGUUCUGAUGUGGCUGUUCUUGGUUGCAUUAUCUGGGAUAUCUUUGGCUAUGGGAUUCUUUUACUUUGGUCUUCGAGACACAACCGCAACAUAUGCAUCAAACUUCCUCAACCUAAUCCCAAUAGUUACGUUUGCCACCUCAAUAAUUUUCCGUGUAGAAAAGUUGAGGUUGAAUACUAAGGGUGGGAAAGUCAAACUCAUGGGUGCAAUGAUUUGUCUUGCCGGAGCGUUGACCAUUGCAUCGUACAAAGGCAAAACCUUCCAUUUCUCCCAUACUAACGCCAAGCUUCAAGCAGUUGCAGCCGCUCAUCAAGUGAUGAAACCAAACUGGAAACGUGGCACUAUAUUUCUGGUGUGCAGUUGCCUAAGUUAUGGUUUCUGGUUCAUCAUACAGGCCAAGUCGUUCAAGAAGUUCCCGUACAUGUACUCUGCGACCACGGUUGUAAGCAUGAUUGCAACGUUUCAAAGCUUGGUAAUAGGUCUAUGCAUUGACAGAAACAAGGAGUCAUGGAAACUGGGAUGGAACUUGCAACUAAUUACUAUUUUUUAUUCGGGUACAUUGGCGACAGCUGCAACGUUUUGCUUAAUAUCUUGGGCGAUUUCUAAAACAGGACCAACUUAUCCUUCCAUGUUCAACCCACUCUCCCUCAUUGCGGUGGCCAUCAUGGAAUUCAUUUUUCUAGGCGCAUCUAUUUCAGUUGGAAGUUUGAUCGGGAUGACUUUGAUCAUAGCGGGAUUGUAUCUAUUCCUAUGGGGGAAGAAUAUGGAAAUGAAAAACUCGAUUAAAUCGAAUACGGUGAAAAGUUUAGGUCAGCUAAUAGCAGAAGAAGGGGCGGUUGUGGUGCCAUCAUCUUAUUCUUCUAAUGAACAUUUCAGUGCUGUAGUGGUGCCAGCUUCUUCCCCUAGCUAUGAAAAUUGCAUUGAGAUUGAAAGUGGCAAUGAACAAGUGAAUGUGGCAAAGUCUUAGGUAGAGAAUUGAAGAAAUUAAUGUUUUUUUUUUUUUUAAUGUAAUGUUGUUGGUGAUGUAAGUUGAAGCAUUUGCGUGCACUACUCAUCAACUUCUGCUUCUACUAUUGUACUACAUAUAUAUGUAGUAUUUUGUUACAACGCAACUCCUUACAUAUAUCUCAAAGAUUAACCUAAUUAAGCAAUUUCUUACCAAUACCCUUAUA